AUGGCAGCGUUCGUCGACGUCGAGCAGUAUUUCGAGCAUGUCUACCUCGUUGACCUGUCUCCGUCGCUCUGCGAGGUCGCCAGACAGCGCUUUGCCCGUCUCGGAUGGAAGAACGUCUCUGUCUUCUGCCAGGAUGCGCGCGAGUUCCGUGUUCCUGGCCAGGAAGCAAAGGCCGAUCUCAUCACCAUGAGCUACUCCCUGUCCAUGAUCCCAGACUACUAUUCGGUUGUUGACUCUCUGUCCUCCCUGUUGAGAAACGACGGCACCAUCGGCGUGUGCGACUUUUACGUCCAGAACAUCGUCGACCUGGCUACUAGGAACUACACCGGCGGAGUCUCAAACCGCCACGUCAAUUGGCUCGGCCGUGUCUUCUGGCGCGCUUGGUUCGACGUCGACCGUGUCAACCUCGAGGCUGCUCGCAGGGACUACCUCGAGUACCGCUUUGGAACCGUCAUCUCUGCCAGUGAACGCAACUACCUACUCGGCGGUAUUCCUUACUAUAUCUUCAUCGGAUGCCAGAAGGACCUCACUCUCAACGACAACGACGCCAUCGCCCGUCUGGACGCCACCCUGACCGAGUCCCCAUACCUCUCGCCAACCCACCACCGCUCAGAGCUCUCCAAGGCAGUCCAGCGCACCAUCCCAGAAGUCCGAUCCAAGGCAUACGAGUCUGCUAUUGUUAACCUGUCGUCCAACUUGCCCUUGCCAUCUUUCUUCUACCAGCACCACCACUGGCGUAUCUGCUACAACGAACUCCUCACCAAGCAUACCCAGUUCAACAAGGAGUACAUCUAUGCCUUCACCUGGGAAGAUCCCCGUGUCGACCACCGCCUGCUCAACAUCACCUCCGACGACGUCAUCUUGGCCAUCACCAGCGCCGGAGACAACAUCCUGGACUACCUCUGCGGACCCAAUACCCCCCGCCGUAUCCACGCCGUUGACCUCAACCCCAACCAGAACCAUCUUCUCGAGCUCAAGGUCGCUUCCUUCACCGCUCUCUCCCACGACGACUUCUGGAAGAUCUUCGGCGAGGGCAAACACGCUGGAUUCCGUGACUUGCUCAUCUCCCAUCUCUCCCCACACCUCUCCUCCCAGGCAUUCCAGUUCUGGCUCGACCAUGCCUCCGUCUUCACCUCCUCCAGCCACGGCCUCUAUGAGACCGGCGGGUCCAGACACGCCCUGAAGCUAGUCCGAUACCUCUUCUCCAUCUUCGGCCUCACCGGAGAAGUCAAGAAGAUGUGUGCUGCCAAAACCAUAGAGGAACAGCGUGCUCUCUGGCCACGCAUCAGACAAGUCCUCCUCUCCAAGCCACUUAACUGGGCCAUUGUUGGAACCGAAUGGUUCGCAUGGAAGGCCGCCGGUGUACCUGCCAAUCAGCGAAACAUGAUCAUAACAGACUACAUGGAGCGUGAGAAGCUCGAAGGCGGUCUCAAGGCCGCAAAGGAGAAGGGUCUAGGUGGACAGGCUGUCUGGGAAUACGUCGUCAACACUCUCGACCCGGUCGUCAGAGAGACCCUGCUCAGCGACGAUAACUACUUCUACCUGCUCUGCUUGUCUGGACAGUUCUCAAAGAAGAGUCUGCCAACUUACCUUACCAAGAAGGCUCACACUAAGCUUUCUGCCCCAGGCGCCUUUGACGGCCUACGCAUUCACACAGAUGAGAUCCAAGAGGUCAUCUCCCGCAUCACCCCGGGCACACUAACCAUCGCAGUCGUAAUGGACUCCAUGGACUGGUUUGACCCAUCCUCCCAGGCCGCAGCGACACAAGCAACGGCCUUCAACCACGCUCUCAAGACAGGCGGCCGCAUCCUACUACGCUCCGCCAGUAUCGAACCAUGGUACAUCGCCGUCUUUGAGAAGUGCGGCUUCACCACAAAGAGAGUCGGCGCUCGAUUCCCCGGCACUUGUAUCGAUCGGUACGUCUCUACCUUCGCAUUACUCCUCACACUUCGUCUUAGUCUUGUUUUUGCUAACGUUACCAGUGUAAACAUGUACGCCUCCACAUGGAUAUGUACCAAGACAACCGAACUUGCUCGGGAGCCAUCAAAACAAAUCACCGGCCGCUCCGAUGCAAAGUCAACAGCCACCAAGCUUGAACGCAGCGUCAGCUCAACUAGUUCGAGCAGCGUAUGCGAGGAUCUGGAAAUUUAA